GGAGUACAUAUAUAUAUAUAUAUAUAUCGAACGAGCGGAAAACUGUUGCUUAUCUUCAAAAACAGCCAAGAGAGCAACAACAUUUUUUCAGAGAAUUUUUUUUAUACAUGCCAAAAUUAAUAAACGCGAAUUCCGAGGAAAAUUCGUAUUUUUGAAAUGGGCCUUUGCUAAUUGUUAGUCGGAACGAUUUUCGAAUAGUCGAAUCCGGUACGUAGACUCGUGUAGUUGAGUGACGGUAUAUCAAUAUCUAAAUUUUGAAUUGAUUUGUUUUUCUUUUGUAUCGAUUUAAUUUUAUUCGUCUAGAAAUUUUCAAUAUUUAUUCGAAUCAAUGUUUGCUCAUUUUCAUGAGUUUUCCAAAUAAACUAAAAAUUCAAAGAAAAACCACUAUUUCUUGUCGGUUAAGUUGAAGUGAGUGAGAGGAGUAAACAAAAUAAACGACGUGUGAAAAUCCGAAUAACUAUGAUCGUUGUUGAUGAAAAUGAUCCAGUUGGUGAAGUUGAAGCAAGUUUUCCGUAUCGAGAUGUGCAAUUGAAAAAAGGUUCAAUAUCAAAAGAUAUUUAUGAUGUUUCAUCAGAAGAACUUGGCAGAGGUACAUAUGGUACGGUAUAUGUGUGUAGAGAAAAGACAACAGGGCUUCAGCUUGCGGCAAAAUUUGUAAAAGUCACCUGCAAAGAGGAUCGACGUAAUAUGGAGAGAGAAAUAGAAAUUAUGAGCGGAUUACAUCAUCCCAGAAUCAUACAAUUGUACGAUGCAUUUGAUGAUGGAUCAACUAUUAUUUGUGUUUUGGAAUUAAUUCAAGGUGGCGAAUUAUUCGAACGGGUUAUCGAAGAAGAUUAUGUUUUAACGGAAAAGGCGUGCACAAUUUUUAUUCGGCAAAUAUGUGAAGGGGUAGAUUUUUUGCACAGUCGUGAUAUACUCCAUUUGGAUUUAAAGCCAGAAAACGUGUUGUGUUUAUCACGUCAAGGGAAUCGCAUAAAACUCAUUGAUUUUGGUAUGUCCCGUCGAUACGAUCCCACAAAAAAACUACAAAUUUUGUUCGGAACCGCUGAAUUUGUCGCGCCAGAGAUUGUAUCGUUUGAUGCGAUAUCGCAUUACACCGAUAUGUGGGCGGUAGGUGUAAUUUGUUAUGUCCUUUUAUCGGGCUUAUCACCAUUUAUGGGAGAUACAGACAUAGACACCAUGACAAAUGUUACACUUUGCAAGUAUAAUUUUGAUGACGAUGCAUUCAAUCAGGUUUCGGAUUGUGCCAAACAUUUUAUACAACAGCUUCUGCAAAAGGAUGGAAGCAAACGACUAACGACACAGGAUGCUUUGAAUCAUCCAUGGUUAAUUAAUUCAGCAUUCAAUACAGAAUUACAUGUGACAAAAACCAAAUUAAAACGUUAUGUCAUUAAAAAACGGUGGAUCAAAGCCGUUAAUACGAUAAUUGCACUUCGACGAAUGGGAGCAAAAAUUGAUUUUGAUUUAGUUUAAAAUUACAAUAAACACACUGAUUACCAAAAAGAAGAAGAGAAACUUAAUUUUUAUUGAAUU